UAGGCUAAUCUAACGCUUCUGACGUCCGCCUCAGUUUUUGCCAAACCGGUUUGACGUAUCUACGUAAUGAAGGGGAAAUGAAGGACUGCGUUGAACAACUUUUCGAACUUGUUUACCCAGCGUUUUUUGUUUGUUCUUUAGUUUUUUUCUGUCUCCACGCGGAGCAUGAAUAUGUUAAGAAGCGAUAAAGGCUCAACAGCCCCAACUCCAGAGGUCACAUCUAGACCCAGCAAGGAGGAUUUAGACAACCCCAUCACGCACAGCCUGAACAGUCAGGAUGCAGCAACGGCCGCAGCCGCGCAGGAAACCAACAGUGAGGUCACAAGUGAGCUUAACCCUAAGACCAAGAGGACCGGCGUGACGGGAGUUGUGCAGAAGGUCAACCCAUUCAAGUCUAUUUCACAGGCCCCCUCCACGGUCAGCAAAGCUCCUUCCUCUGAAUCACCAGAACAGGGAACAGACGCCACGCAGGUCUCUAAAGCUCCAUCUUCAGAGUCACUGGAACAGGGAAGGGUUUCAGACUCCAAUCAGACCCCUGGUAUGUUGAAAUGGGUGAUGCAGAAAGUCAACCCGUUCAAGCGUUACACACAGGUGCCAAAGAGCGAUACUGAAAAUGAUUCUGCAGAUCCACCAGAGACAGGAAAAGAACUUCAAGGCAAACAGAAUCCAGGGAUGAUUGCAGGAAUGAUGCAGAAAGUCAACCCAUUCAAAUCCUCACAGCCAAAGGAUACCCGGCCUCUGCACAGUGACCUCUCCUCCAGCAGUGGAAGCUUAGCAGAGAAUACCGACUUGCCAGAGAAGCAGAACCUCGGGAUGUUCAGAGGGAUGAUGCAGAAAGUAAACCCCUUUAGGUCUUACACACAGAUCCCAGAUAAGGAAUGCCAGACAGACUCUGCGGUUCCCAAUACAGCUUCCUCAUUCAACACGCAGGAAAACAAAACUAUUCACAGUGAGCAGUCCACCAGCUCUGGAAGCUUUGACGACAGCACCACAGAGAGACAUGAAGCAGUGGAAGUUCAGACACUAGAGCUGGCUGAAGUACCAGUGCCCAGUGAAGGAACAGUCCUGGACCCUCUAGACGAUGAGGAAGGCCUUUUAGCGUGGUGGAGAACAGUAGAGGGCUGGGAUGAGUGGAAUGAGGCAAACCAGCAUGAUGAGGCUGAAGAAGUGGUGGAACAAGUAGCUGAUCGUGUCUUCAUGGCGGCUCGUCUUUUUGUUCGCUUUUUCAACCAGCGUGGCGCCUCACUCCAGCAGCGUAUCCUGGAGCUGCUCGAUUUGGCUGAUUCAGCUGACAUUUUCCAUAAGAAAACGGUCACGGCCAGUGUCAGCGGUGGGGUGGCCAGUGUUGCAGGGUCUAUAACUACUAUCACCGGCCUCAUUCUGGCACCCUUCACAGCAGGAACGUCGCUCAUCGUCACAGCUGUAGGCAUUGGUGUAGCUACGGCAGGUGGGGUAGCAUCGGCUUCAGCCAACAUCACAGACACAGUCCAUUCAAAGACGGACCGCAAGAAGGUGGAGAAGAUGAUCCAAGACUACCAGGAAGAGAUGAACGACAUCAAGGAGUGCCUGGAGUUUUUACAGGAAGGGAUGGAGACGCUUGAGGAGUGGAACUUUGAGCAGUACGCUGAGAGCAUCUCACAGAAGCACCUCAACCAGAAUGUCAAACAUGUAAUGAAGGAGGGCGGCCGGGCCGGCAAGGCUUUAAUGAUCAACACUGAGAGCCUGGUUAGUACCGUUCAGGUCCUCGGUGUUGCAGGGGGAGCUGCUAAAGCCACGCAGGUGAUGAGUGUUACCACUGGAGUUAUGUCAGGUCUCUUCCUGGCUCUUGAUGUCUUUUUCCUGGCGAAGGAUUCCAUGGAGCUCAAAAAAGGCGCAAAGACAGAGUUUGCCAAUAAGAUCCGAGAAGUUUGUAAGGACCUGCAGGACGGGCUGCUGGAGCUGAACCGCAUCAAGGAGCAGCUGCAGAAAACCAUGGAUGGGAUAGAGGUGGAAGUAGAAGAGGAUGAAGAGCUGUUGAAGUUUGAUCUCAAGAAACUUAUCGAGCUUGAAGAAUAAAGGACAGUGGUUAGAAAACAAAACCCUCACUGUCUUAAUCCUAACACCCCCAAAAAAGUUUGUGUCAAUUCAAAAAUAUAGUUUCAGCAGAAAUGGCAUUGUAGUUUUGGUAGAUAGGAAUUUUUACAAUCACUCAAUUAUUACUGAAUAGCUGUUUUGUAGUAAUAUAUUUAAAUAAAUAUUUUAAAGUAGUAAUUUUAAUUAUGUGUUAAACCAAAAUCUGCCGUAUUGUCACUAUGCUUGUGUCAUUUGUUAAAUGAAUGUCAGUGUCUUUGCAAUAAAAGUGGUUUCCUAUUUA